GGGCGGGCAUUGCAGUAUUUGUUGUUGUUUUCGUUCAGCAGAGCAGUCAGACAUCUUUUAACUGGAUCGCAUUCCCGUAUGUCAUGAUUAUAUUUUGAGCUAAUAAUUUUAACUUUGGGCAUUCUUGUGAGAAACUUGACUACACGAGGGACCAGUGGAGUUUAUCUGGUUUUGUCCUGUUGAGUGAAACUUGUUUUUGUCUUUUUCAAAGAUGGGCAGUCAGUAUCAGCGCUCAGUGCCACUGGAGGUGAGGAGAGCAGAGGGGGAGCGAGUUCGGGCCAAGCAUCCUGACAAGAUACCGAUAAUUGUGGAGAGGGCGCCCAGGUCACGAGCUCCUGAACUGGACAAGAAGAAAUACCUAGUGCCCUCAGAUUUAACAGUGGGCCAGUUGUGCUUCCUGAUACGCCAGCGUGUGUCUUUGAGACCGGAGGAGGCGCUCUUCUUCUUUGUCAACAACUCCCUUCCUCCAUCCAGCUCCCCUCUCUCUGCUGUAUAUGAGGAGCACCAUGAAGAGGACCUGUUCCUCUACAUGACCUACAGUAAUGAGAGCGUGUACGGUGCCUGAGGGAGGACAAAAGACUGAAGAAGGAGAGAGAGAGAGAGACAGAGAGAGAAUCAGAGGACACAAAGUGAGACUGUCUGAGGCUUCAAGUAUAAAGAUUGUUUGGAAUGCUUCACACCACUAUCAUUUUUUUAUAUUAUUUUUGUUAAGUAACUACAGUACAUGGUGGAAGAAAGGCUUUGCAAAAGGCCGAGGGGUCUGCUAGGUUUUCCUUUGUCAGUAUUUCAGCGUGAGCGAAAGGCAUUUUAUCACUUCAAGUUAUGUUGAUUUCUUACUUGGUAAAAAAAAAGAGGAAGGGUGAAAAGAAAGGAAGAAAGCAUUACAAAAAAAGGGUUAUCGAAAUGACGUUGAGGGAGCUCUCAUCUUUCUCAGUCAUCUGUAUUUAAUGCAAAUAGUAUUGUUUUUGUAAAUUACUAUCAUGAACUUUUGUGGAAAAUAAAGAAGAAAAUGCA